GUAUUAUUUGUUAAUAAAACUCCUAAACUGUAUUUAAAAACCAUCUUCGCUAAUAAUUUUUAUAAAUUACAAGUAUUAUCUCACCAAUGCGAAUAUCAGGGUUAUUCAUUAUUCGAUCAUGAAGCACGUUCGAAAGAAGAAAUUUAGGAGCUGUGUUCUGCUGCGAUACAAUAAAAUAUGAAGUGCAAAUUUCGAGAUUCAAAUCAGAGCAGGAAAUUUUUCAAGACCAAAUGAACAGGGAUCACAUAACGAUCAAUCGACUCGAAAAAAUACUGGAGGACUCGCGCAAAGAGACCAUGGCUUCCCAGACCAAUACGCGAGAAUUGCAAUGCGAAGUCAAUAGGCUAAAGCAGAGGAUCUGCGAGCUCCAGAACAAAUUGAGUACCGAAUCGACGGAACUGCGAAAGUAUCAGACUCAGGCGGCCGAGUACAAUAAGCAGAUUUGCGAACUUCGUCGGCAAGUUACCAACGAAAGAUUUGAAAGAGCCAAGUUGCAAGAAAGCAACUACAGUCCCGAACGAUCAUGUCGUAAGAGCGAGAACAUUAAUAAUAAAAAUAAAGUCUGCUUCGCGCAACCGAAUCGACUGAAAUGUUGCCAAUGCGAAGUGACGGAGCCAGUGUGGAAGCAGCAUACGCACAGAUGCGGUAUAGCUUACAUCAUCCCGGAGAACCAACGAACCUCCGGUACCCAAACCCCAUACAACGAUGAGGGCCGCUGCUUUAAUAAGCGACUCUCCGCCGAAACAGCCGUCCACAAAUCUAAGACAGCCUCGACCUCGACCUCGACCUCGAUCUCGAUCGACAGCGCUUUCUCAUCUGCUCACGAAACCAACAGCCCUCGCAUUAACAACCUCGAUAAUAUCGCGAAAAUUAACGAGGGCCCGGCGGCGCUGUGCGACCGAAGCCAUAAUGACACGUGCGCGAACGAGAGAAAUUCGCAGGGACAAAUAAACGAGAGCCCGGGAUAUCCGAAGGCCAACCCGAAUAAUUCAACGGUUUGCCAAUGCCAGCUACUUAACAAAAUCAAGCAACACACGCCCCCCUACUGGAUGCUCCAAACGCUGAACCUGGUAAAUAAGCUCCUGGAGGAGAGGAGCGCGAAACGCGAACGAAUAUAUAGUAACACGGACCGCGAUGCCGAGCACUGUGCAUCGAAAUGCGAGCAGAUCGGGGCCAACGAGCCAACACCGAUUAAUAAUAACAGUGUAAACGUCAGCGGCAGCACCUCGGCUCGGCGGCUUCUCGAGAUCCUCGCCGACAUCCAACGCUACACCCAAAACAUCAACGAGCAUUUUAAGAUCAUAAACAAGCGCCGCUCGGCCGAUGAUCGGCGUGCCAUACCGACAUGCUCGAAGCAGCCGAGGUCGCAGGACCACCACCGUAUGCUCGUCAACUCCGACGAUGACAUGACUCUACCCACGGAAAAGCUCAGCCUACAGAGCUUCGUGUAUCAUCGCGAUGACGAGGAGCGAAUCCACUCCUCGACGCCGCGUAAGAACACCAACGACUUUAAUGAUUUGAAUGGGAGCACGGGAUGGAAUCGCAGCUGCCGAAGAUCCGACAAAAUUAUGGGCAUGCCCCUGAAUCCCGGGCUGUCGUCGUCGAAAGACAUGGAGUACGUGGACUCGGAAUCUUCGAACAUAACGAGCAAGACCGAGUACAAGUCGCUACCGAAGCUACGAACUCGCGGAUUAAAUGGAGAGCCGAGUGCUUGCGACCUCAAGUUGAAUGAGACAAGGUCGAACGACGUCUCGCGCCCCCACGUACAAUCCAUUCAGCAGAAGAUCGAUCGCCUGCGCAAUGAUAUAAUGUGCGACUUGGCAGAGCGGAAGGAUCAAAAGCUCGGGUAUGCCGAUUAA